AUGACGGCUGGACAUUGUUUCGCCCCGCAUUUAUCGAGCGAAUCAUCCCCGGUAAUUAGCUUAUAUUUUGGAUUCGAAAUUAACUACACCUGUAUGGAGGAGCUGGCUUUAGAAUCUCUUGUGCGAAAAACGUCUGAAGGAAAACUAGGCCAAAAUGGAGACUGCCACAUCAACUCAUCGUCCAUUUUUAGCAAGCGAGCAGAAGAACUAUCGGAGGAGCAUUUUUUGGAAGCCCUGUCGCAAGAGCUUGGAAGCUACUUUAUUGAAUUGAAAUCGGACACAUCGUAUGCAACAAAGUCCAUGCUUGCUGCCAUAGAUGGGCAGCGGGAAUUGUCGCCAAAUCUAAAAUUUAUGACGACCGACCGAAAAAGCGCACUCUACAUGGACAUUUUGCCAGAAAAAUUUAUCCCCUUCGAACAGUGGGAAAUUUAUUUUGCCCCAAUUUCGCCUUCCAAAGAGCAACUGGAGUCUCUACCGUCAAUCUAUAAAAAGGCCACUUUGCUUAUAAGAUCGAUAAUGUCAAUCUGUGGGUUGCUUCCCCUUUCUAGCCUUUUCUUAAAGACGGAUAUGGUGGAUUGCGAGGAAUUUUUCAAGCCUGCCUUCAGGCUGCAUGUGUCAGGUCUUUCACACGAAAAUGGCGAAAAGUAUACUUUAAAGCCGCUAGCAUGUCCUGACGAGUUUCCAAACGUGGAAGCUGAAAAAAAAGAGCUGCCCUUAUUUGGGGGCAAACCACGCUCUGAAUGUCGGUCAACAUGUGUGCUCAAAAAAGGAAAUGACUUUGCCACGCUUGCACCCGCUGCAGAGGAUGGUGACGAUUCCACGUUCCCAGGAUUUGCCUCUUGUGUGAAGGUUCCCUCGCUGCUUGAAAAUGAAAUAAUUUCCAAAAAGCAGACGCCAUUUUCUGUGCAUGUGCGUGAUAGCGUGCAAGUGGAUCCUUCACAAGGAGACUACCCGCCAUUUGCUCUUUCUUACCCCAAAAUCGAAUUCAAACGUCUCAAAAAUGAAUACAAAUCGUGGAUUGAAGGUGUGGAUAUUUGUACCCGUGAUUCGACAGCAGUGGAGGAGACUCUGCAAACGGCGUUGAGCAUGUCUGAGAGCUUUGCAGCCAAGCUUUCCGCUUCCUCCAUUGAUAAGGCAACAGACAUGGAUCGUUCUCAAAGGGACAUGUUUUCCACAUCCAAAACAGAGGAAUCUUCCGUAUCAGUUGGGAACCUGGAUUCAUCGGCAGAUACCAUUUGCUUUCCCAUGAGUCUUUCUUCAUAG